AUGCCAAACGAAAGAGAAAGAUCGGUGUCUCCUACCGCCCCAAUCCCAAGAGAUGAAAACUCCCCUGAUUUGUCGAAAUUGAGUCCACAAGAGCUCCGGAUCUACAAAUUGUACGGGAAAUUGCCUUCGAAAAACGAUAUCUUGAGCAAGAAACUUAAGGACAGAAAAUACUUUGAUUCUGGUGACUAUGCCAUGAAUAAGGUCAGAUCUCAACAGCAGCAACAGCAACAGCAGCUGGAAGGACAGCAACAGCAUCAUCAAGGAGGCACCCAACAAUAUCAGAAUUCACCACCCUCUUCAUCAUCUUCAUCCAAUGCCGUGCCUGGCGCAUCAGUUCAUGGUGGCGGUAGACAGAGAAGUGGUAGUAUACAGCAUCAUCACCAUAUUGGAAGCUUGUCGUCUUCGCCAACCAAGGUUCCGGAUGACGAUUUCAUCACGAGCUCUGUCGACAGCAAUAAUUAUUUGCCAUUACCUAACGUGGAAAAGAUUAUGAACUUACAAAAGAAGAAGAGUAUCACUAGAAAUGGGUCAAUUAUAUCCACUACCAAUAAGGAAAUUACUGGAAUUAGUUUGAAGUCGAAUUUAGAAACUGAAGUUGAUUCAGAUGAUAUUAAUUGA